AUGGCUUCUCCUUCCAAGGUCUGGUUCAUCACCGGAUGUUCUUCUGGCUUCGGCAAGGCACUUGCCCUUGAGGUCCUCGGACGUGGUGACAAAGUGCUCGCCUCGGCGCGCAGUGCCACGAAGCUCGAAGCUCUCAAAGGUGCCGGUGCCACAGUUUUCCGCUUGGACGUCACCUCUCCUCUCGAUGAUUUGAAGAAGAUGGCUGAAUGGGCCAACAAUCAGUACGGUAGAAUCGACUACCUCAUCAACAACGCCGGAUACUGUCAGGUUGGAGGUUUGGAAGAACUCACUCCAGAAGAGACCCAGGCUCAGUUUGCAACCAACGUCUUUGGCCUCCUCAACGUCACUCGGGCCAUCCUACCAUAUAUGCGAGCCCGACGGUCUGGAGUCAUUGCCAACUUCUCCAGCAUCGGCGCAUGGAGAGGGACCCCGGCCGUCGGGAUCUACGAAGCGUCCAAGUGGGCCGUCAGUGGUAUCACAGAGACACUCCGCCUCGAGCUCGCCGAGUUCAACAUCAAGGUCUGUAGCAUCGAGCCGGGGUACUUUCGCUCCGACUUCUUGGCCAGCGGCCACAAGAACUUGCACGAGCACGUGAUUGCCGACUAUGAUGGGACGGCUGUUCGAAAGACUGAAGAGAGGGUGGAAAGGACAAACCAGAACCAACCCGGGGACCCGGCAAAGGGGGCCAAGGUCAUCGUCGAUGUCCUCACCGGUGUGACCGGUAAAGGUCGAAAAGAUAUUCCCGUCCGCAUCGCUCUCGGGGCAGAUGCAAACAGGAUCAUCAAGGGGAAGUGCGAAGAGACCAUCGCACUCUUGGAUGGAUGGAAGGAAAUCACAUCUUCGACCGACUUUGAAGCACCGGGUGAAGUAUCGACCGUCGUCCCUCCCUGA